CAUGCAGAUUUGCAAGGAAAGGUUGAUAGAUUUUGUCUUGCGAUAUGAAACGUGGGAUUUCUUCCAUGAAGGCUUUUCAACUUUUAACUGACACAGAACAGGUGAAUGAUCUGAGAACAGGUAAUCGGCUAUGGGACUUGUCUCGAUUAUCUUAUCAGACUGCCGAGUGACGAUUAAGUCAAGUGCAUGACCUCCAAUGUGUGUCAGACAUCUGACGUGCUGAAUAAGUCCUACGCUUUCGAAUAAAUCUUGCAACUUAGUAGGGUCAACAUUAUUAUCGGUAACAAGAAUAUUAAAAUCACCAGUCAUCAGCAGGCAGUCAGUAUACAAAGGACGGCAGACUCUAUAAAGCUUUAUUUAUAAUGAUUAGUUUAAGGCGUUGGGUUCUAACUCUAAUGCUCCAUUCAGAAUACUCAAAAGACUGUAAUUUAGCAGCUGCAUGCAACUUUAGUGGUAAUAAUGCUAUUUCUGAAAAGUACUCCCGUUCCACCUCCUAAACAACCAAGGUGAGGGUGAUCCAGGAGUUCAUAAACUUCUGGAGUACAUAGACUGUUGAAGCAGAUUUAUGAUUAGUAAAACCAGAUUUCCGUGAUUGCAACAAAAUCCGAUCGCAAACAAAGUCAAACUCAUCCUUAUUGUUUAAUGAUCGUGCAUUAAGAGUGCAGAAUUUCAAUCCUCCAGCAUAUUGUUCAAUAUUCAAAAGUUUUCCAGAAUUAGGGACCACUGAUGUGGGAUUAUGCAAAUUUGCAGUAUAGAUUCAGUUUUGUUUCCGUGUCGAAUAACUAGCAGUUAUAAGGACGGGAAUAUAAUUCAAAAUUAUUGGUCGACGAUUAUAUGUAAAUAGGAAUGUAAAUAGGAAUGUAAGUGAUUUCUUCUUAGGAAUGUGAGUGAUUUCUCCAUACCUAGAUUUAACACGGUUACGUAUGGGAAACACAGCUUGAGGUGUAUGGGCCCGUUCAUUUGGUCAAAGAUCCAUAAGUCCAUAAAAACGGCUAUAUCCUUAGAUACGUUUAAAAGACACAUACGCCAAAUGGAUAUAGCCGACUUAAUUUCCAAUAGUUGUACUAAUUGCUAUUUAUGCAACAAUUAAUCGACACUAAUUAUAGAUAUUUGUUAUAAUAUAUUUAUUCUGUUUAUAUAGUUAAUAUAGUAGUUAAUAUAAGUAGGUGUCCCCAAUUAGUUUCUUUGUAAACUAAAAUUUAUUUGACACAAUAAUAAAGUUUUUGAUUUGAUUUGAUUGAUUUGAUUCACUGACAUUAUAUUGUUCAGUCGACAACCAAGGCGAAAUGUAGAGAGAAGGCGUUCCAAUCUAACCAUCAUAUAAAAAACUGUUAAUAUUAUAGUAAAAGUUUGUCUGACGUCUGUUAAUAGAUUGUAGGCUAUUUACUGUGGCACCCACAAGUAGGUUGGAUAAUGACAUUAAAUUAUACUGACUGUUAUUAGCUCCUGUUGUUCACGAUUCGAUUCCCAAUUCAGGCCCUGGAUUUGGACAAAACAUAUCCAUACAUAUACUGUCAAGUGUACUUCGAAUAACUUCGAUGGAAGAGCCAAACAGAUCAGUCCGUGGUCAGUAGUAGGUUAGUAGUAUAGUCGAGAACAAUGAUUAAUCGAAUCACAUUGAACAAAGGGAUCGCAAUCAAGCGGAUUAUUCCACAAAUCUGUUGAGAGAUGUUUUGAAUCCGAAUAUUCAAUUAAGGGAUAGAUUUUCUAUACUCAGUCAUGCCGAUAAAAACGAUACAAGUGAAUUAAUAAAAGCAAAAACCCAAGAUGCUCAACAAAAUUAUAUGUCAAAUAAAAAGAAAAAAGUAAGUUCAAGUCAAAGAAAAAUCAAAGUGAAUUGUCAGAUAAGCAACAGCCGGUCGACCAAGCACAAAUAGAACAUGAACGACAGCACCCAAAGACAUCGAUCAUUGUCGCAGGGGAUUCCAUCAUAAAAUAUGUGGAGGACUGUUAAUUAUCAAAUUCAGAACAGAACAGAUCGUUUCAGCUAAGUCUUUUUCUGGUGUGACUGUCAAUGGCAUGGGGGAUUUUUUAAAGGCUACUAUCCGUAAGCAUCCCGACAAGCUGCAUGGUUAUACAUGAUGUACAAAUGAUGUUCGUACUUUAAGUGCUAGAACCAUAGGCGAUAAAGUUACCGAGCUAGCAGAACAGUUUAAACAAGAAUCAAACCACACAAGAAUAAUCAUCCUCUCGUUGGUCAUAAGAAGUGAUAGUCAAGAACUUGCAGGGAAAGUAAAAAAGACUAACAUUAUUUUGAAGUCAAACUGUAGUAAAAAAACUGGUUAUUCUUACAGUUGAUAACAGUAACGUAAGUCGUUCACAUUUUAACCACAGGGUUUUACAUUUAAAUCACGAAGGUAGUGCCGUGUUACAGGAAACCAUAGCAAAUAUUUUAAAAUCUCAGGAUUGAAAUGAUGAAAGACCGAGAAUAAACGCGCACGAGAUUAUGUUUAAUAUAUCUGAUAGAGCUAGGGGGAGUUUGCGCUUACGUAUAUAAGGUGUCACGUAUAGAUUAUCAAUUUGGUGAGCAAACUGAUGGACUGGAUUGUGUAUGAUCAAAUAUUUGACUAUUUGGUGAAAGAUAACUUUCUAUCCCAACAUCAGUUUGGUUUUAAACCUUUCCAUUUUACAACUACUGCACUCUUAGAUUGUGCAAAUAAAUGUCAGAAUGGUAUGUGAUAAUGUAUGUUUCAUUGCUAUAGUAAACUAUCCUCAGGUAUUGGAAUAAUAAGAAAACGUAAGGAUCGGAAUUUGUUGAUCAAAACACUUAAUUGCUAUUGGUAUAUAAUGCUUUAAUUCAGCCUCAUUUUGAUUACUGUUGCGAAAUUCGGGAUGACCUUGGUAAAUGUUUUAGUGAACGUCCUCAUAAAUUACAAAAAUUUACCGGCUAGAUUUAGGUCACAGAGGUUAACCGUAUAGUUAGACAUCGUAUUUCUUCACAAUUCGGAGUUAUAACUUGAUCUUAUCUGAUACAUCAUGCUAUUUCUGGAAAUAACAAAAUUGCUACAAUGUGUGCAAAUUGCCUGUACUGUCUAUGGUUUGGGUAUAGGUAAACGCGCCAAGCUACGGUAUAAAGUUACAUUUAAUACCUAUAAUUAAUGCAUAUAACUUCCAUUAUAGCAGACAAACAUGGCCAAAACUUUUUUAUAAAAUAGAUCAAAUACAUAUUCAGUAAACAUUAAACAAAUAUGAAGUGCAUUCAAAUAACCUUUCGCAUACGAUUUCCUCCCUCUCCCCCACUCAAUCUUGCCAUUAUUUCCCAUCAUUUUAAAAGUAAUUCAAUAACGUUGUGUUGGGGAAGAGGGAGGGCGGAAUCUACCAUUUAACUAUCACAGAGGCAAAUGAAAAUUUUACUAACAAGUUAUGUGCAUGAUUGCAGUACGAAAGCACAAAAUACCUUCUUCGAACACAUGAUAGGGCCAUCGCUCAAAAUUUCAUGUUUCUUUUUCCAAUUUUCAGAGAGCGAAUUAUCUGCACAAGCUAGCUGUUUGAAUUUACCGCUAUAACAAUAAUGGCCUUCAACAUUAAAGGUAAGAUGUCUCGACAAUCUGAAAAGUCUAAGCCCGUAGAUUUAUGAUAAAUGCACAGAAGGAUAUCGCGAUUCUAUCCACCUAAUCUACUCCUGAAAAGUCUAAGCCCGUAGAUUUAUGAUAAAUGCACAGAAGGAUGUCGCGAUUCUAUCCACCUAAUCUACUCCUGUAUGUCUUUGUUUCAGAACGACCAACAAAUUUAACAAAAAGGUAUUUAAAAAGGUAAUUCAAUGGCUUCCAAAAAUAACAUAGCGCUUCAAAUCGCGAAUCGCCACUAAUAUUAAAAAACAGUUAUAUUUUGGGAGAUGUCUAUGGUACAAUAUAUCAGAAGAAAUUAUAAAGGCCAUCGAUCAUUAUAAAAUUUUUACAAAUGUGCACUGAAACUGCUAAUUGGUCGGGGAUGAUAAGAAGCAAUAGAAAUUUGGAUGAUACCUAUCAUACUUCAGGAGAAUGGACUACAGAUGGUCUACACAAGGCCAUUGACUAUUACAAAAAUGUUCUACAAAGUAACACUGCUAUUGGCGAUCGAUCAGAAAUAGCAAGAAGCAAUGGCAAUUUGGGCAUUGCCUAUCAUAGUGUAGGAGAAUAUCAGAAGGCCAUUGACUAUCACAAAAAAGAUCUAGAAAUAAGCACUGCUAUUGGCGAUCGAUCAGGAAUAGCAAGAAGCAAUGCCAAUUUGGGCAAUGCCUAUGAUAGUUUACGAGAAUAUCAGAAGGCCAUUGACUAUCACAAAAAAAAUCGGGAAAUAAGCACUGCUAUUGGCGAUCGAUCAGGAAUAGCAAGAAGCAAUGGCAAUUUGGGCAAUGCCUAUCAUAGUUUAGGAGAGUAUCAGAAGGCCAUUGACUAUCACAAAAAAGAUAUAGAAAUAAGCACUGCUAUUGGCGAUCGAUCAGGAAUAGCAAAAAGCAAUGGCAAUUUGGGCAAUGCCUAUCAUAGUUUAGGUGAAUAUCAAAAGGCCAUUGACUAUCACAAAAAAGAUCUAGAAAUAAGCACUGCUAUUGGCAAUCGAUCACGAAUAGCAAGAAGCAAUGGCGAUUUAGGCAAUGCCUAUAAUAGUUUAGGAGAAUAUCGGAAGGCCAUUGACUAUCACAAAACAGGUCUAGAAAUAAGCACUGCUAUUGACGAUCGGUUAGGAAUAGCAAGAAGCAAUGGCAAUUUGGGCAACGCCUAUAAUAGUUUAGGAGAAUCUCAGAAGGCCAUUCACUAUCACAAAACAGGUCUAGAAAUAAGCACUGCUAUUGGCGAUCGGUCAGGAAUAGCAAGAAGCAAUGCCAAUUUGGGCAAUGCCUAUGAUAGUUCAGGAGAAUAUCAGAAGGCCAUUGACUAUCACAAAAAGGAUCUAGAAAUAAGCACUGCUAUUGGCGAUCGAUCAGGAAUAGCAAGAAGCAAUUGCAAUUUGGGCAUUGCCUAUCAUAGUUUAGGAGAACAUCAGAAGGCCAUUGAAUAUCACAAAAAAGAUCUAGAAAUAAGCACUGGUAUUGGCGAUCGGUCAGGAAUAGCAAGAAGCAAUUGCAAUUUGGGUAUUGCGUAUCAUAGUUUAGGAGAACAUCAGAAGGCCAUUGACUAUCACAGAACAUAUCUAGAAAUAAGCACUGCUAUUGGCGAUCGAUUAGGAAUAGCAAAAAGCAAUGCCAAUUUGGGCAUUGCCUAUAAUAAUUUAGGACAAUAUCAGAUGGCCAUCGACUAUCACAAAAAAGUUCUAGAAAUAAGUACUGCUAUUGGCGAUCGGUCAGGAAUGGCAAGAAGCAAUAGCAAUUUGGGCAAUACCUAUGAUUGUUUAGGAGAAUAUGAGAAGGCCUUUGACUGUCACAAAAAAAAUCUAGAAAUAAGCACAGUUAUUGGCGAUCGAUCAGGAAUAGCAAAAAGCAAUGGCAAUUUGGGCAAUGCCUAUUAUAGUUUAGGAGAAUAUCAGAAGGCCAUUGACUAUCACAAAAAAAAUCUAGAAAUAAGCAUUGCUAUUGGCGAUCGAUUAGGAAUAGCAAGAAGCAAUGCCAAUUUGGGCAAUGCCUAUGAUAGUUUAGGAGAAUAUCAGAAGGCCAUUGACUCUCACAAAAAAGAUCUAGAAAUAAGCACUGCUAUUGGUGAUCGAUCAGGAAUAGCAAGAAGCAAUUCCGGUUUGGGGAAUGCCUAUGAUAGUUUACGAGAAUAUCAGAAUGCCAUUGACUAUCAUAAAAAAGAUCUAGAUAUAAGCACUGCUAUUGGCGAUAGAUCAGGAAUACUAAGAAGCAGUGCCAAUUUGGGCAGUGCCUAUCAUAGUUUAGGAGAAUAUCAGAAGGCCAUUGACUAUCACAAAAAAAGUUUAGAAAUAAGCACUGCUAUUGACGAUCAACCAGGAAUAACAAUAAGCAAUGCCAAUUUGGGCAAUGCCUAUGAUAGUUUAGGAGAAUAUCAGGAGGCCAUUGGCUAUCACAAAAAAAGUCUAGAAAUAAGCACCGCUAUUGGCGAUCGAUCAGGAAUAGCAAUAAGCAAUGCCAAUUUGGGAAGUGCCUAUUAUAGUUUAGGAGAAUAUCAGAAUGCCAUUGACUAUCUCAAAAAACAUCUGGAAAUAAGCACUGCUAGUGGCGACCGAUUAGGAAUUGCAAGAAGCAAUGGCAAUUUGGGCAAUGCUUAUGAUAGUUUAUGGGAAUAUCAGAAGGCCAUUGACCAUCACAAAAAUGAUCUAGAAAUAAGCACUGCUAUUGCCGAUCCAUUAGGAAUAGCAAGAAGCAAUGGCAAUUUGGGCAAUGCCUAUGAUAGUUUAGGAGAAUAUCAGAAGGCCAUUGACUAUCACAAAAAAGAUCUAGAAAUAAGCACUGCUAUUGGCGAUCGAUCAGGAAUAGCAAGAAGCAAUGGCAAUUUGGGCAAUGCCUAUGAUAGUUUAGAAGAAUAUCAGAAGGCCAUUGAGUAUCACAAAAAAGAUCUAGAAAUAAACACUGCUAUUGGUGAUCGAUCAGGAAUAGCAAAAAGCAAUGGCAAUUUGGGAAAUGGCUAUUAUUGUUUAGGAGAAUAUCAGAAGGCCAUUCACUAUCACCAAAAAAAUCUAGAAAUAAGCACUGCUAUUGGCGAUCGAUCAGGAAUAGCGACAAGCAAUUGCAAUUUGGGCAAUGCCUAUGAUAGUUUAGGAGAAUAUCCGAAGGCCAUUGACUAUCACAAAAAAGAUCUAGAAAUAAGCACUGCUAUUGGCGAUCGAUCAGGGGUAGCAAAAAGCAAUGGCAAUUUGGGCAUUGCCUAUGAUAGUUUAGGAGAAUAUCAGAAGGCCAUUGACUAUCACAAAAAAGAUCUGGAAAUGAGCACUGCUUUUGGCGAUCGGUCAGGAAUAGCAAGAAGCAAUGCCAAUUUGGGCAAUGUCUAUUAUAGUUUAGGGGAAUAUCAGAAGGCCAUUGACUAUCACAAAAAAGAUCUGGAAAUAAGCACUGCUAUUGGCGAUCGAUCAGGAAUAGCAAAAAGCAAUGGCAAUUUGGGCAAUUGCUAUUAUAGUUUAGGAGAAUAUCGGAAGGCCAUUGGCUAUCACAAAAAAAAUCUAGAAAUUAGCACUGCUAUUUGCGGUCGAUCAGGAAUAGCAAACAGCAAUGGCAAUUUGGGCAAUGCCUAUUACAGUUUAGGAGAAUAUCAGAAGGCCAUUUACUAUCACAAAAAAAGUCUAGAAAUAAGCACUGCUAUUGGCGAUCGAUCAGGAAUAGCAAAAAGCAAUGGCAGUUUGGGCAUUACCUGUCGUAGUUUAGGAGAAUAUCAGAAGGCCAUUGACUAUCACAAAAAAAAUCUAGAAAUAAGCUCUGCUAUUGGCGAUCGAUCAGGAAUAGCAAACAGCAAUGGCAGUUUGGGCAUUGCCUAUUAUGAUUUAGGAGAAUAUCAGAAGGCCAUUGACUAUCACAAUAAAGAUCUAGAAAUAAGCACUGCUAUUGGCGAUCGAUCAAGAAUAGCAGGCAGCAAUUCCGGUUUGGGCAAUGCCUAUGAUAGUUUAGGAGAAUAUCUGAAGGCCAUUGAAUAUCACAAAAAAGAUCUAGAAAUAAGCACUGCUAUUGGCGAUCGAUCAGGAAUAGUAAGAAGCAAUGGCAAUUUGGGCAAUGCCUGUCAUGGUUUAGGAGAAUAUCGGAGGGCCAUUGAAUAUCACAAAAAAAGUCUAGAAAUAAGCACUGCUAUUGGCGAUCAAUCAGGAAUAGGAAUAAGCAAUGGCAAUUUGGGCAAUGCCUAUGAUUGUUUAGGAGAAUAUGAGAAGGGCAUUGGCUAUCACAAAAAAAGUCUUGAUAUAAGCACCGCUAUUGGCGAUCGAUCAGGAAUGGCAAUAAGCAAUGCCAAUUUGGGCAGUGCCUAUCAUAGUUUAGGAGAAUAUCAGAAGGUCAAUGGGUAUAACAAAAAAGAUGUAGAAAUAAGCCCUGCUAUUGGCGAUCGGUCAGGAAUAUCAAUAGGAAAUAAUUCCCAUCGACGUUUAGGAGAGUAUGAAGUUGCAACAUCUCACCUAAUAGAAUCAAUUAGUUUUUUUGAUAAAAUGUUUUUAGAUUCAGUUCCGGAACAAAAUCAACUGGCAUUCGCGAAGCAAUAUUUCGAAUCUCAUACAAUUUUAAUGAGUUGUUUCCUUUCGUUGGAGCGCGCUGAGUCCGCAUUAUUAGUCAUAGACCUUGCUAGGUCUAAAGAGCUCCAUUGCUGUAUUGUUAGACGUAGGAAUUUUGUUGGUAAAGACUUGUUCCAUUAUGCCCGCGCGAUAUGGAAUAGAAUUGAAGGGAGAGAAGAAGAAAUAGAAAUAGAAGGAUUGCAAACACUUCUCCAAUUACGAAAAAAUGACAGCAUCAUUUUAGUGUUCGCUUUUGAUUUGAAAGGUAUUCUUAAUGCUUGGGUUUUAACUGACAAAGUUAUCUUCAGAAAAGUAUUACAAGCACGUCGGGAAACAUUUCUUCUGCUAAUCAUGGAACUUCUGGGAAGGGUAGAUGUUAAUAUUGAUCGAAAUUCUACUUUUUACAUGCUCGAUUCAGUUGCUAAUACUAAUAAACAAGUGAUGUCUCCUAUUGAGUUUCCAAGCGGACAGGCUGCCUCUAAAAACGCGGUUGACGAUGCUGCUAGCUAUAGUCAUUUCUCUGAUCGAAAUAUUUUGGAAAUGUUGUUUAAACUUUUAGUUUAUCCUGUAGAAGAUAUUGUUAAAGGCAAUAAACUCAUUAUUGUCCCUGACCCGCUGCUGUUUUUUGCACCAUUUUCGGCACUGAUUGAUAAAAAUGGCUCAUAUUUAUCCAACAGUUACAGUGUUCAAAUUUCGCCUUCAUUGCAUACUCUAAAAUGUACGAUGGAACAAUCCUUUGACUCAAACUUUGGAUUUGCAUUGUUUGUUGGUAAUCCAACUGUUGGAAAAGUUCGUUUAAACGGAAAAGAUAUUACACCAGCUGACCUGCCCAACGCCGCUGAAGAAGUAAAAUGUCUCUCAAAGCUUUUCCAAGCAAGGCCUUUAUUACAACGGGAGGCAACAAAAGAGGUAGUAUUGCAGCUUUUAACUGGGGCUAGUAUAAUCCAUAUAGCUGCCCAUGGAGAACCGACUCGAGGUGAAAUAAUGCUUGCUUCAAAUUCUUCCCUUACUGAAGAGUGCUUGUCUGUUACUAAAUCGGAAUCAUUCCUUCUCACGCAGCGAGAUAUUCUAAAUAUUUCUGUGCAAGCUCGCUUGGUAGUCUUAUGUUGUUGCCAUACCGGGCAAGGUGAAAUUACUUCUGAAGGUGUCAUAGGUAUAACUCGAGCGUUUCUUGCAGCUGGGGCACGCUGUGUUCUUGCCACACUGUGGCCUAUUAGCGAUUAUGCCACAAAGGAAUUCAUGGAGAAAUUUUAUGAUGAACUUUGCCAAGAAACACCAGUUUGUGAAGCUUUAAGAAGAACAAUGAACUUCUUUCAGGCACAUGAAAAAGAGGAAUACCGAUCCAGUUGGAUCUGGGCUCCGUUUACCAUCUAUGGGGAGGAUGUGAAGUUUGGAAAGGAUGAGAUUCAAAACAUUAGGGAAAAAUCGCAUGACUUUUUUUCCGGUUUCGUCGUUGUAUGAUCCUAAAGUUUGUGAGUAGCGUUUUCAUUAACAAUGGUUGAAAUCUUCAGCAGGCAUCACCGGAAUCAUUUAGACGUCGUCGACCUUUAAAGGACCACGGCGAUGGAAAAUUGUGCUGUCUUUAUAAUGUAUAUUCGAAAAGUAUAUCACUAGAUAAACAAAGUUACCAAAUAUCAGCGUCCAAUUCCGUUUUUUUUCUGCCUUUUUUUUCAAUGCAAACAUGCAAAUUUUUCGGCCGCCAUUACUGAGUUAGAUGUCGAUUUCUUAGGCGAAUGUGACGUCAUAUACUCAACACGCUUCUUUCCCGAAGGAGAAAUUAAUAUUAUCAAAGGCUCAUACUAGGCUGUUUUUUGUUCAAGAUUAUGUCUUCUGACGAAAGCCACAGCUCAAAUUUUGCAACACAAUCAUCUUGCGAACUCUCUUUUGCCGAAGACGUUUCUUGUAAUAGCGGGGGUGAUGUAAAUAUGGAGAAAAGUGUUGGUUUGUGCGAGGCCUAUGAUACUUCAGUCGAAGAGCUCUUGCCACUGAAGAAACAUAUAAAUAUAUGAAGAGUACUAUAACUGAGAGAGAGAGAGAGAGCAAGAGCAGCAAACACUGUCUGCUAGAUUGUCUGGGGAAGGCUCAACUGACACCUGGUGCGUUUUGGAUUUUGGAUUGGAUUUAUUUACGUUUUGGUAAUAUUUGUGACAUAAAACAAACAUGUGAUGGCCAUGUAAAACAAAACAAAUGAUUACUGGUCUCCUUAUAAAAUAUUAUUGUCACCUCCGUUAUUGCACGAAACGUCGUCAAUGAGAGAUGGCUUAAAAAUUACUGUGUUGCCAAAUUGGAACUCGGACUCACGUAAGAAAACAUAUUACUUUGCACAAAGUUGUGGGAAAUAUACUUAAUAUAUUAUUAAUGAUGGUUCAUUGGUCUAAAUGUGGUAACUGUGUCCUGACUCAUUGUUGUUAAUGUGAACCUUGUAAGGAAAAAAUGCUGGAAGAAAACAUACACUGCUUAACUGAGCAUCCAGCAUCUGAUAUGGGUUGUUUGAAACAUUGGGUGUUAAAACUUGCUGGUUUAAGUUACAAAACCUGAAUAAAAGGCUGCCAAAUUAUACCACUCUGUAUACCAAAAGGAAAAAGAGUGAACCAGAGUAAGUAUUUCAAUGUGUAGUUCUAGGCAAUAUCCCCCCCCCCAAUGGAAGAGAUCUAAUUAUGAACCCCCAUCCCUCUAGAUUUUUCUAACUGUCACUGACUGCUUGUUUCCCCCACCGCUGUGGAAAUUCUGGACAGUUUUUACUACUAUCAUACUUCCAAGCAUGAUGUCAGUGUUUUAAAAAAAUAACUCGGCAAGAUACAACAUUGUUCACAUAAACAAGACAGAAACCGUAUCUUGGCAUAUGCACAGCAAGGAAGGGGGUACCUUGUUGAACUGCUAGUAUAGCCCCACACAAGCUUCACUACUUGCCGAUAUGCAACUGCCCUAAGAAACCUUUCAAAACGAAAAUUAAAAUAUUAACAUGACAGCUUUAAAAUUUAGUAAUCCAAAAACUAUCAUGUCAUUUGUGAGCUGUGUUCUGCACAAAAACACCAGGAUUCAUAAUACAAGAUCCUUGUUUAGCUUACUUAUAUAGCUAUACGAUGAUGUACCUUGCUCAUCCUUACAGGGAUGAAGAACCUUGCUCAUCUUUACAGGGAUUCAAACAAUACUAAAUCCAGAAUAUGAUACUCAGAUCAAGACAUUGUAUCAGUUUGGCUGCCCCUGGCUGAUGAGAAUAUCUUACCACUCAUCACCAGAGUAGAGAGUGCUCUUUUUCUCACCCACCUACCUGGUAAUCAUUAAAGAAAAACAUGCAAAUGUCUGGGGCUAGCCUUUUGAGGGAAUGCUUAAUGCCAAAAAUUACUGAUAGAUGACUCAGUCAUAUUGCAUAGUUCCAGGAAAUAGCCAUACCCCCCACACCCACCCUGCCACAGAAGAGAUUGGAAAUUCAAGAGUAUAGGGGGUGUCAUUGCAUCAAGAUUUCCAGUGGAGUUAGGGUAUAUUAAAGUCUUGGUAUUUCCAGAGGGUAUUCAAAUACAACCAAUAUCAAAUGCUGGUCAUGCAUGUUUUCUUCCAGCAUUUUUUCCUUACAAGGUUCACAUAAACAACAACGACAUUCAUCGGGUUUUACCACAAAGGCCAGGACACAGUUACCACAUUUACACUUAUGGACCAUUAAUAUAUUAUAUAUUAUUGACCAUUAUAUAUUUCCCACAACUUUGUGCAAAGUAACAUGUUUUCUUACGUGAGUCCGAGUUCCAAUUUGGCAACAGUAAUCUUCAAGUCAUCUCUCAUUGAAGACGUUUCGUACAAUAACGGAAGUGAUAAUAAUAUUUUAUAAGAAGACCAGUAACCAUUUAUUUUGUUUUACAUGGCCAUCACAUGUUUUGUUUUACAUCACAAAUAUAACCAAAACGUAAAUAAAUACAAUCCAAAACGUACCAGGUGUCAGUUGAGGUUUCCCCAGACAAUCUAGCAGACAGUGUUUGCUGCUCUUGCUGUUUCUUCAGUGGCAAGAGCUUCCACUGAAGUAUAGGUCUCGCACAAAUCCACACUUUCCUCCGUAUUUACAUCACCCCCGCUAUCACAACAAACGUCUUCGGCAAAAGAGAGUUUGCAAGAUGAUUGUGUUGCAAAAUUUGAGCUGUGGCUUUCGUCAGAAGACAUAAUUUUGAACAAAAAACAGCCUAGUAUGAGCCUUUGAUAAUGUUAAUUACUCCUUCGGGAAAGAAGCGUGUUGAGUAAAUGACGUCACAUCCGGCUAAGAAUUCGACAUCUCGCGAAUUGAUAACUCAGUAAUGGCGGCCGAAAAAUUUGCAUGUUUGCGUUGAAAAAAAAGGCGGAAAAAAAUGGAAUUGGACGCUGAUAUUUGGUAACUUUGUUUAUCUACUGAUAUACUUUUCGAAUAUACAAUAAAAAGACACCACAAUUUUCCAUCGCAGUGGCACUUUAACUUAGUCUAAUUCGUAAUUAUAGCAUGACUUAAAAUUGUGUUACCAUGCGGUAGUAUAGAACAUUUUAGGCUGAGCAUUCUGUUAUUAUAUGUUGCUAUAAGUGCAACUCCGACUGUUCAGAAUGGUUAAAAUGUAGCUAGAUAUAUAUCAAUUGUUAUUUUGAUAGUUGUUUUGGAGAAAAUAUAAUUGACUUUCUUCAGGAAAACGGUUGGUUUGAUCGAGUUACGUUGCUGUUGAUCAAAUGCUUUAGUUUAUAUUGUGCUUGACAAUGGGCAGAAUAAUAUUCUUUGAUAAAACUAAUGUCAAAAUAUUAACAGAAAAUAUAUUGACAGAAAAGUAGCAGAGUUUUGCUUCUGUUAUAGUGGAAGAGGGGCAUUAAAGUUGCGAAGUUGCUAUAGUUGGUACGUGCUUGCGAGAAAAUGGCAGCGGAAAAUAUUUGAACUCAGAGGGGUUUUGUGCAGAAUUGUAUGUGCGUUGUCAAGCGCAGAAUCUUAUAUUACUAGUUGCACACUAGUUGUAGUAUUCGCACUAGUUGUAGUAUUCACACUAGAAAUGUAGUCGAGAAAAUAUAUUUUAUCUUUGAUAUUGUGGUUCAGAGUUGCUUGUCCGUUGUUGAGAGGGAAUUAAGAUUCUGUAAUAGUAAUGUUUCAAAGUUUCCUUAGCAGGUGCAGACAUAUAAAGGAUGUAUCAAGAAAAUGUAAUCCAAAUUUGACAUGUUAUUGUAUAUUAGGUCUUAUCAAAAUCUCGUCUAUGAAAUAACACCUUUUUGUUUCAUUUCGAUAAUAAAAUUAAUUAGCAAAUACGAUCAGAUUCUAAAUAGUCUGACGAAAUUGCAUUUUCCUACCUUUGGGAAUUUGAAUUUUGAACAAAUUUUGAAGAAAUGUUAGUCGCAUAUUUGGGAAACGUUUGGCAUGGCGAGUUUAGGGUGCGAACUUUCAGUUUUUGAAAUGUUUUAACCCCUAAAUUUCGUUGCUAAAUGGCGAUAUAAAAUUUACUAAGAUUUGAUUAUCAACCCAUACCAUAGUCGCCUGACGCCAUUUCAAAAUGAGAAUAAUAACACUAUUCCCAUCUAUAUCAAUUGUCUAUUAUUUCUUUUCUUACUCGGUGGAAAAGUGGGACAUCCCCUUAGCCCGCACCCCAGUUCUGUGGUCUCUGGAUAUACAACUCAGCAACUGGUAGGCUACAUUAUUUUACAUAGGUCAAAUCACUCGCAAUAAAAAGAAAAGCAUUGUUUCGCCUAAGUGAAAUCCAUGUUAAAUAGUCUAACGACAACAGGGUUCGUACUCUAGUGUGCCCCCUUUCACGCUUUCGAAAUUGAUGUUGUGGCAUGAAUACAAAGUUGAUUAUGUGUUAAUUAAAUUCUUUUAAUGAUGGCUUUUUUUAUAAUAAUUUCUACUCAUCUGUCACACUAACUUUAUAAGAGAGGCAGCAUAAUGUUUGCUCUGCUACACUCCAAAUACCCAGGUGUGCUACAACAGCAAAAUGGGGUGCGAUCAUUGCAGCUUUUGAUUUAACGUAAAUGCUAAAACCAUUUUUGUGUUCGGAAAACAAGAAAAUUACACUCAAUAAGUGCUUUAAAACAGCUAUAACACUUAUUGGGUGUAAAUAUAUCACCACUGAUAGUGUAUUUGGUGUUUUUCUAACACACAAAUGGUCAAAAUAAAAACAUUCACACUAAAUCGGUCCGCUCUACACAGCUGCAAGUCAUGAUUACAUCAUUCUGUUGUUUUAGCAACACCCAGAAAUUUGUAGUGCACAAAUUAGCCAAAAGUGAAUGAAAUGUAAGCAAAAAAUUUUAGUAAGGUUUGCAGCAAAAAAGUACGGUAAUACUGUAUGUUGGAAAUUUAAAUUCCUCAAUAUUUGUGUCAGGUCAAAAGACAAUUAGUGGUAAGACAUCAUAGUUUGUAUAUUGAUAUGAUAUUCAGCCCUCACGCAAAUACUCUGGCUUCGAUCGUCACAUGAAUGGCUGUAAAGUACGAGUAUAUGUUUAAUUUAUAUUUCAAUGUAGUUCUAAUAAUAUUUUAAGUGUAUAUUUUAAAGUACAGUAGAUCUUUAAAAUAUACACUUUAUACUAUGUAAUUUUCUAUCCUGCAAUAUACUUGAGUGUCACAUUAUGUAUGUAGCUUGUUGAUGAUGUAACAGAGUAUUUGUUGGCUGCCUUUGCUAAAACUUAACUGGCGGAAGCAACCGUAACAAUGCGUUGCAAAUUUAAUAAAGGUUUUAAUUCAAGAUGGAUAACGUUCCUAAUCCUCGGUUUUCUUUCCGGAACAAGCUAGCGAUUUGGUUUUCACUGGAACAAAUUCCUAGGAAACAAAUAGAAUCAAGGGAAAUUACUUUGAAAUUAGGACUUAAAAUAUCGAUACAUUUGAUUCACGUGUGCACUUAUUAGAGAAUAUCACAACAACGUUGCCUUACGUAGUUCCUAUUCAAUAUUUCUUAGAUUCGCUAGAGUCUUCGUAUCAGUCACAUAGUCUAGAAAAUGUUUGUUGAUAUUGUUUAUUACAACGAUCUACCAGCAAAUUCAAGAAAGUUUGUGCAAACUUGACAAAGAAAAUGCGACCAAAAUAUUUUUGAAAUUGAUUGUAGGUAUCAGAUUUCAUGAUUUUCAGUCGUGUAUUUUAAUAUCUUUGCUAUUUGUUCUCAAAAGCAAUAUGUGAAAAUGACUUAUCUUGGCAUAUGCUAGUGAUAAGAAAAAAGAGUUUUCAGCUGAAAAAGGUUUGCUUUAGGAAUACCUGUAUAAUAGCAUUAUAUACAAAAAAUUUUCAAGGUCACUAAGUUUUUGUGCAAAUUUGUAUAAACUUUAAUUGAAAGAUGGAAACAACAUACGUUGGAGCUUGUAACAGAAUAAGCAUGUUUACUUGCAUGUGUGACACACAAACAUACCGAUUGAGUUCUAUAUUUGUGAAAAAUAAAAUAAUAAACUUUAUCCAACAUUCCACAACGUGGUUAAAGAUUGAUGGUAGUGAACAAUAUGAAGCAAGUAGCCUAAUAUAAGAAACACAAAAAUUCAGGAAAUAUUUCCACGGAAUCACAUUCUGGCGAUGCAUUUGAACUAUUAAUCAUGAAAGCAUAUUACAGUAUCUGGUCACACUGCUCAGUAUCUUUUCCUGUGUUUGCUGCAAAUGACUGUGAAAUUCAACUACCAAUUUGCGACAUACAUUGAUGAAUGCAAGCAUUAUAAACACCAUCAACAAAAUCUGAAACAUUUGCUCCUGCCUUAACUUGGAUGACAUGCAGAACAAUACGUAUUCUUCAUUCGUGUGUACUCUGAGCGAACAACGAAAUUAGGAAAAUGAAUUAAUGGAUAAUAUACUGGUUAUAAAGAUGAACAUCUUCUGCUGACUAUUUCCAACGCAGUAUAGUUUGUGCCAUGCCAUUCUCGUUCAAUAAAAACUGCAAAAUCGGCUGUUAUUCAAGAAAUCCAAUUAUAUUAAACAGACGCGUAAUAUUGCAAAGGAAACGGGACGGGUUAAUGUGGUAUUACAAAAAUCUGUACGGCUCCAGGCGAGGAUUAAUUCUGGAUUGAAAAACUAAAUGUGAAUAAUUGUUGUAUUCGUUGGAGAAAUAUAAAACAUCUGCCACAAGCAUCAAGUGUUGGUUCCUGAUUUACAAGUUUAACCAGCGAAAUGCAAAUAUUUACUUUAUGGAAAGAAUUAAACUUUUAUUACGAUACAACACUUGUUAUUAAUAAUGGUACUAACUAUAGAUCAUCUAUGCGUGAAAUACUGAAAAUGACAGUCUUAUUCCCGCAGUUUUAAAG